AUGCCGAUGUACCAGGUAAAACCCUAUCACGGAGGCGGCGCGCCUCUCCAUGUUGACCUGCCAACCUGCAUGUACCGACUCCCUAACGUGCACGGCCGGAGCAGCGGUCCCGCACCCGACGCGGGCCACGUGCAGGGGGAGUCCAACCCAUCUCUUCAAGCCCUCGAGUCUCGGCAAGAUGCGAUUUUAAAAUGCCUGUAUGAACUGAAAGCCGCGGUCGACAGCCUCUCCAAGAUGAUCCAGACGCCUGACGCGGACGUGGACGUAACCAGCAUAAUCCAAGCUGACGAGCCCACUGCUGUAACCACCAGUGCAUUGGACUUGAAUUCAGUGCUUGGAAAGGAUUACGGAGCACUCAAGGACAUCGUGAUCAACGCAAACCCAGCCGAGCCUCCGCUCUCGCUGCUGGUGCUGCACAGUCUGCUCUGUGACCAGUACAGGGUCCUGUCCACUGUCCACACGCACUCGUCCAUCAAGAGUGUGCCGGAAAACCUCCUCAAGUGCUUUGGAGAACAGACUGCGAAACAGGCUCGUCACGAAUACCAGUUGGGUUUCACUUUGAUUUGGAAGAACGUGCCAAAGACUCAGAUGAAGUUCCGCGUGCAGACCAUGUGCCCCAUUGAAGGUGAAGGGAAUAUUGCCCGGUUUCUGUUCUCUCUCUUUGGCCAGCAGCAUAAUGCUGUUGAUUUAACCCUCAUAGACAGCUGGGUAGACGUCGCUGUCUUUCAGCUCAAAGAGGGAAGCAGUAAAGAAAAGGCCGCUGUGUUCCGCUCCAUGAACUCUGCUCUUGGGAAGAGCGCCUGGCUCGUUGGGAACGAACUCACCGUAGCAGAUGUAGUGCUGUGGUCUGUGCUUCAGCAGCAUGGGGGUGCCGGCGGGGCGGUGCCUGCCAAUGUGCACAAGUGGAUGAACUCCUGUGCAAACCUGAUCCCCUUUAACACUGCCCUCAAGCUCCUUAAGUGA